UAAAUAAAACUUACGUGACAUAGCGAAAUGUAAUUUUCGAGGUGGAUUAAAUUGUUCAUUUUGUGGAUGGUGAAAGGAAAAAAAACGAGUGGCAUGGGAAUUUACAGUUGAAACUUGUGCACUAAUUGGUGUCUUUUUUGGUGCAGCGUAAGAUGUGAAUCAGAACUCGAAGUCGGGUGAAUGGAUUAGUACUUGUUUGAUUAUCGAAUUAACACAGGCCCCAGUGUGUGCAUGGUGAGCUCACUGUCGAUUGUUCCGUGGUGCCGUGUGUAUGCGAGUGUAGAGUUUCUCUCUCGAACUUGGCUGUUUGCGACUAACAAUUUUCGAGAGGAACUUUGUCAAUCGAAAUUGAUAAUUUAUUGUUUUGCCGCUCUUGACGCAAUCGAAACUAAGUGCUAUAUCAAAUUUUCAAAUCGACAAUGAAAAAGAAGAUAUAGUCCAAAUAUACGAGUUAUCAGCGGUCGGUUUGAACAAUUUUCCAAAAGUUCGGAAUAACUUUCAAUAUCCAGUUCAUCGAAUUAACCAAAUAUCGUUAACAAAUUCCAAUCGUGCUUGCAUUAAAUUCCAUUCAAAAUUUAAUGACUUAUGUGUUUCUCACCGCCAAUGUAGAUCAGUGUCAUUCGAUAAGUUGAAUUAAUCAGUUGAAUCGAUUGCAUGAUAAUUCGAACACGUUUUACUUUUAUUCGGUUAUUUAUAAAACGUAAUAACGAGUCAAGAGGAUCUCGCAUAAAAUGUAAAAGAAGUUUAUCAUUGCUAAAGUAAUGAUUGUUGAAGAUUUGAUUUCUGUGCGGCUCAAAGUCAAUUGUUUGAAAUUUUACGGAAAUAUUAAAUCAGUUAUUUCAGUCGUGAAACGGGCUUCCAAGUGAAAAAAAAAAUAACGGUGGCUGUUAAGCGGACGGCGAUUUGUGAUUCAUAUAGCAACAAUAAAAGAAAUCGAUUCAAACGGGCAGUGAUUAGCAGGGAAACUGUCAUACCUCUGUGCGAAAUUAAAACGAAGCAAAAAUAUCGACGAAUAAAUAAAAUCGAUCUGGUGUGGUGAACAUGAUACCCAAAUGGAGUGUAUUAAUCGGAGUUUUUGCCAUACUUUCUGCAGCAGUACCGGCCAGUCAAGGUCAAGAUAUUUCACAAGCGAUUCUCUCUCCUCCGUCGAAAGAUGUGUGUGACAAUUCGUCGUCGAUGGACGACUUCCCCGAAGAUUUAUUCACCGACGAACAACGAUUACACGGUGCUAUCGUUUUACACAUAAUUGGUGCUAUUUACUUUUUUACACUGUUGGCGGUCGUAUGCAAUGACUAUUUCUUGCCAUCUGUCGAAUGUAUUUGUGAUGAUCUGAACAUCUCACAGGAUCUAGCAGCAGCAACGUUCAUGGCCAUCGCUACGACCACACCAGAACUGUUUACGAAUGUUAUCAGUACAUUCAUUACGGAAUCGGAUAUUGGUCUCGGUACCAUAAUUGGUUCAUUGAUGUUCAAUACGCUAGGCGUGGCUGCAGUAGCAUCGCUUGCAGCAUCGAAACCGGUACAACUUGACUGGUGGCCAAUUACACGUGAUUCGCUGUUGUAUAUGUCGAAUAUUCUGUUGCUCAUCGCAUUUGCAUGGGAUAAUCAAAUCACAUUAGGUGAAACAAUCACAAUGGUUGUUCUGUUUUUCCUCUACUUCGUGAUACUGUUCCAAAACAAGCGUAUAAUGCCAUGGAUGAAAUGGUUUUUGGAAAACACGGUGAAUUGUUGCCUGUGCCGAGUUACGAGCUAUGAUUUGCCAUCGUCGUUUGUUGAGAAGAAUUUUACGCAGCAACAACAGAAACAACAGCACCAGCAGCCGCAAGAUGCGAUUGUGGUGGCGACGUCGCCGCAACCGUGCGAAAAAUCCAAAGAGGCAAAUAUUACUUCGAAGAAGGACCAAUUUCAACGCACUUUAUCAAAGUCAUCGAUCGACAACAAUCCGAUUUUUAUGAUUUAUACGAAAAGCGAGAGCACGGAAGAUGUGAAAAAAGAGCGCAAAAGUCUAUGGCGUAUACCCAUUGCCAAUCGCUUGAAAACCAUUUGGUGGAUUUAUACAUGGCCUAUCAAAGCAAUUCUCACCAUUACCAUUCCGAAUCCGAAAACAUAUCGCCAACUGUAUCCACUGUCGUUUGUAAUGUGCAUCUUGUGGAUCGGUUUGAAUGCGUACAUGAUUGUUUGGAUGCUGACUGUCAUUGGGUUUACAUUCAACAUUCCCGAUGCUGUGAUGGGCCUCACUUUCCUAGCCGCAGGUGGUUGUAUGCCAGAAGGAAUAUCAAGUGUGUUGAUGAUUCGCAAGAACGAAGGUGGUGUCGGCGUAUCAAACUCACUCGGUGCCAAUUCCUUAGCCAUUCUCAUGUCGCUCGGCAUUCCAUGGCUUAUCAAAAAUAUUAUCAAUCGAAAUAACCCAGAAAAAGCAUCGAUUGCACUCAAUCCGUACAGUACUGAGUAUAACAUGUUAUUACUUCUAUUCUCUGUUAUCGCAUUGUAUGUUGUACUUACAUUGUCCAAGUAUCGGCUCAAGCGAACCGUUGGUCUGAUGCUCAUAAGUAUCUACGUUGUUUGCAUCACCUUUGGAGUUCUACUGGAGAUGAACGUUUUCUACCCAGGCCUUUGCUCAUAGUAUUUAAACGAUUAGAAUGUAAACAGAAAAAAACAUUAUUUUCGUGUCUGCCUCUGUAGCUAGUAAUUUAUUUUAUAGUAUUUCAUCUUGUAUCCUGUAUCAUAUGUAUUGUUGCAUUUAAACUGAAAAUUAAAUUAAAGACAAUGUUCAAAGUCCAUGAAUAAACAAUGAAAA